UGUCUUGGUCCCAAAAAAUCAAAAUUUAACUUGGAGUAGCAAUUUCCAGUGACAAGAUUAGAUUAGCUUCAUCGAUGCUGCAGAUUUCCAUCCUGAUGUCCGAGCUGGCAGUGGUGAAAGCUCCGGUUCGGGCCGUUGAACGGGUCAAGUAGAAGAGUCUUCGCUCUAGGACAAGAGGUGCAGACGUGCAGUUGCUGCCAUUAAUAUGUUGUAAGCUGCUACUGUUUUUGGCUGUGCUAGUUUGAAUGAAUUUUAAUUCGAUCUUCUGCACGAAAAUAGAGAGGUGUUUAGAGAUCUAAGACCAUGAAAACAUUCCUUCGAGUUAUCUCUUCGCUUGUUAUCACAGCAUCCUUGUUGUCUUCUGCUGAGAAAAUGCCUCUUGCAAUGGACACCAUAGCUGCUACUGAUGUCAUUAGAGACGGAGACACUUUGGUCUCGUCCGGUGGGAGCUUCGAGAUGGGAUUUUUCAGCCUGGGAAGCUCCAAGAAUCGAUAUUUAGGCAUAUGGUACAAGAAGGUAUCGGUUCAGACCGCUGUUUGGGUUGCCAACAGAGGAACUCCACUCGGAAACACAUCAGGUGUGUUGAAAUUCAUCGAGCCGGGAACCUUGGCUCUUCUUGAUGAGUCCAACCGUGCUAUCUGGUCAGCCAACACGUCGUCUGCAGUCAAGAUUCCCAUUGCUCAGCUGCUCGACACUGGAAACCUCGUUGUCAGAGAUGCGAAUGAUCCUAACAAGUUCCUCUGGCAGAGCUUUGAUCAUCCAACCGACACCCUUCUUCCAGGGAUGAAGCUUGGUUGGGACUUCGCAGCUGGUGUGGAGUUCUACCUCUCCUCGUGGAAGAGCUACGAUGAUCCAGCAGCCGGAGAUUUCACAUACCACUGUGAUCCCACUGGCUAUCCGCAAAAUGUUUUGAGACAAGGUAGAGAUAAAAGGUACAGUACUGGACCAUGGAAUGGCCACACCUUCAGCGGCUUACCAGGCUUGAGGAGAAAUCCGGUUUUCAGAUUCGGAUUAGUUAUGAACGAGAACGAGGUGUACUAUCACUACGAGCUCAUCAACACCUCAGUGAUUUCGAGGUAUGCUUUGAGUCAGAGUGGUGUUGGUCAGAGAUGGAGUUGGGAUGAUCAAACGCAGAGUUGGCGGAUUUAUCUCACUGCGCCCACCAAUAACUGUGACUUUUACAAUCUCUGUGGCUCGUAUGGCGUUUGCAACACGGCCGUCUGUGGAUGCUUGGAAAAAUUCGUGCCUAAAGAUGCAGGGAGUUGGGAGCGUGGGAGCUGGUCGGGCGGGUGUGUUAGGAGAAAACCUUUGGACUGUCAGAGUGAUGGCUUCGUGAAGUACUCUGGUAUCAAGCUACCGGAUACAGAGCAUUCUUGGUAUAAUCGGAGCAUGAAUCUCGAGGGAUGCAAGGAGCUAUGCUUCAAGAACUGCUCUUGCACGGCUUACACGAUCAUAGAUGCUGAUGCAGGAGGCCAUACGUGUUUGAUUUGGCUCAAAGAUCUCGUUGACAUCAAACAACUGUCCGCGGAUGGACAAGAUAUCUACAUUCGAAUGGCUGCUUCCGACUUAGAAUAUGGAAGGAGGAGAGGGAAAGUGGUUUUAAUCGUGGUUUUGACUGCGUUGGUAGCAUCGUUACUUCUGCUAUGCCUCGGCCUAUUUCUGUAUUCGCAUAGAAGGAAAAAGACUGAUCUUUGGCCUAGGAGAGGAGGCAGCUCUACGCGUGAAGAUGUGAAAGAUUUGGACGACGAAAGUCAUAGCAAAGACUUGGAGUUGCCUCUUUUCGAGCUGUCAAAAAUAUGUAAAGCUACUGAUGAUUUCUCAUUCAAUAGCAAGAUUGGAGAGGGUGGAUUUGGACCUGUUUAUAAGGGCGUGCUGGAUGGGGGGCAGGAGAUCGCUGUCAAAAGAUUAUCAAGAACAUCCCUUCAAGGAGUGAACGAGUUCAAGAACGAAGUAAUCUGCGUUGCAAAGCUGCAGCACCGGAAUCUGGUGAAGCUUCUCGGGUGCUGCAUUUGUGGGGAGGAAUACCUUUUGAUCUAUGAGUAUAUGCAUAACAGAAGUCUGGAUUUGAUUCUAUUUGAUCCAUUGGGAAGCAAGUUGCUUGGUUGGCCUAAACGCUACCACAUCAUCAAUGGCAUUGCUCGCGGCCUUCUGUAUCUUCAUCAAGAUUCACGGCUCAGGAUCAUUCACCGGGACCUCAAAGCCAGCAACGUGUUGCUGGAUUCAGACAUGAAUCCAAAGAUAUCAGACUUCGGGCUAGCUAGAAGCUUUGGGGGGAACGAGACUGGAGCCAACACGAGCAGAGUCGUGGGAACAUACGGAUAUAUGUCACCGGAGUAUGCAGUAGAUGGCCUGUUCUCGGUAAAAUCAGAUGUCUUCAGCUUCGGUGUUCUAGUGCUGGAGAUUGUGAGUGGCAAGAGGAACAGAGGGUUCUCUCACAGAGAUCACUUCCACAACCUUCUAGGACAUGCAUGGAUGCUCCACAUUGAAGGGAACGCGUUGGAGCUGAUCAAGUCAUAUAACAUCAAGCCCGAGUACUCAUCAGAAGUGGCGAGAGCAAUCCACGUCGGCCUUCUGUGCGUUCAGCAAAGCCCCGAGGACAGGCCAACCAUGUCCUCGGUGGUUCUGAUGUUGGGGAACCAAGGUGAGCUGCCUCCACCUAAAAAGCCUGGCUUUUUCACAGAGAGAAAUGUGAGCGACACUGAGAACUCGCUCAGUAGCUCGAAUGCUCACCAUUCGACGAAUGAGAUGAGUAUUACGCUGCUCGAGGCUCGAUGAAAAGAGUAUCCAUGCCUUGUAUAAGAUUUGGAGAUUGAAAAUGAAAUUGGGACUAAUCACUAGCUUUAAUGAAGGACUAGUGUCUUGUCCCAUUGGAUACGCACGAUUCAAUUAAUUCUACGAAACUAAUUUAAUA